AUGGAUCUUGCAACCUUGUUCGGCAAGCUCCAAGAGUAUGAAAUGGAGCUAACUAGAAUAACCUUGAAGGAACAAGCCAUCAAGAAAAGCAAGGGACUUGCCUUGAAAGCCUCAACACCAAGCAAAGAGAAGGAUGAGGAAAAAGAAGAUGGAGAUUCCGAAAAUGGUCUUGACGAAGAUGAGAUGAGUCUCUUAGUAAAGAAGUAUGGAAAAUUCUUUAAGAAGAAUUUUUCAAAGAAAUCCGCAUUUCCUCCUAGAAGAAGAUCUAAAGAUGAAGGAUCCUCACAACUUACCAUCACUUGCUUUGAAUGUGGAAAAAUCGGUCACUACAAAUCGGAUUGUCCAAAUAUUCAAAAGAAAGACAAAUAUGAAAAGAAGCAAGGCAAAGAUAGAAGGAACUUCAAGAAGGCUUAUCUUGCUUGGGAUGAUGAAUCUAGUUCUUCCGAUGAUGAUUCCAAGGAAGAAGAAAAUCUAUGCUUCAUUGAAGAUGGAAGACCAUCGGAGAAAUCAAGCAAAGGAACUCAACAUAUAUGUCUAAUGGCAAAUGAGGACAAAAAUGAAUCUGAAACCGAGGUAAACUCAUCUUGCUCUACUCUUUCCCCUUCAUAUGAUGAGUUGUCUGACAUGUUUGAAGAAAUGCAUAAUGAAACACUAAUACAUGUUAAAGCUCUUAGAGCAUCAAGAAAAACUAUUAAUUCUUUGGAAAAACAAAUUGCAUCUUUAGAAAAGGAAGUAAAAGAGUUGAAGGAUGAAAAUGAAACUCUCAAAUUACUUGAUGCUAGCAUUGAUUGUCAUAGUGCAUCCACUUGUAAAGUUAGAAAGAAUGGUAUUGUUGGGCAAAAGAAAGUGUGGGUUUGUUUGAAGGCUAAAAGCUCCAAGUGGUACUUGGAUAAUGGUUGCUCAAGUCACAUGACGGGAGAUGUAACUAAGUUACAAUCAUUCACCAAGAAAGAGCAUGGACACGUUUCCUAUGGAGAUAACAACAAAGGAAAGAUCCUCGGUAUUGGAAAAGUUGAAAACCUUGGCAAAUUUGACUCUAAAGCCGAUGAAGGCAUAUUUCUAGGAUAUUCACUUACAAGUAGAGCUUAUAGGAUCUAUAACAAAAGAACAAUGGUCAUUGAAGAGUCUAUUCAUGUUGUAUUUAAUGAGACUAACCAUUCCUUGCCUAGAAAGGAACUUUGUGAUGAUGAUGUUAUAGAAAGCAUGGAAAACAUAAACUUGAAUGACAAAGAGGAAAAUGAAAGGGAAAAAGAAAAGGAAGCAAACAAUGAAGAAACUCCAAGUCAACAAACCAAUGAUGGAAACAAUCUACCACAAGAUUGGAGAGUAGCUAGAGGACACCCCAUUGUUGCG